AUGGCCAAGGGAGCAGAGAUCUAUGAGGAUGAGGAUGCAGUGGAGCUCCUCCCUUCAAGACUUUAUUACGAGCCCUCUGAAAGCACAGAUUGGAAACAACAUCAGGGCAGGUGGAUUAGUAGGCCACAUCUGGAGGAAGGGGGAGUCCAAGAUGAGAGGACCCCCAUUGACAUGAUACAAGAAGAUUUUGAAUGGACCAUGGAGAAAAACAAGAUUAAGAGGGCUCUUGAGUGCCCCACCCAUUUGCCUCUCAUCGCUGCGGACUAUAAAGUCGUGGAUUUGAUUACCUGCACCACUGAACGAGUCCAAGAGUUCAAAGAUUUAAGGAAACAGACUGUAACCCUUCAUGACCAACAUCUCAAAAUCAUUUAUGAAGACUUGUGUCAGGGCACACCUGCCUGA